AUGAGUGACUCCAUCAGCAUCAUCCCCCAAAAGAAAAGAGUUAUGCAGCAGCCCAGAUCAUCAGGAGUGACGCCACAACACAUUGAUGAUCGUUUUAAAAAUAUCCGCGAUGCCACGGAGCAUUCACUCAAGCAUGACAGAACCGAAUACGUGUCUACCUAUGCCGAGAGGUCUGCCCUAAGACUGUUGACAGAUUGUGGAUGUAUCUUCCUAAAGGGGAUGUCAGGAUCUGGGAAAUCACGGCUGGGUCGGCGGUUACUAGAAAAGAUGUCUAAGAUGGAAGGGAGGACUCCUCUUCUGUUGACUUCAGCAGAUGAAUGGUCACUCAUUCCGAAGAAUGGCAAAACUGACAAGUCCAGAAGUAAAAGUGAACGUUACAUUGUGAUGAUUGAUGACAUUUUUGGCCUGACAAACUUUUCACAAUCACAUUUUGCAGAUUGGACAAGGAAGUUUGAUAUAAUGUGGCCAUCUAUUGAAUCUGGCCACAUCUUUCUGAUCUUAACAUCCAGAUCUGAAAUCACCGCACAGUGUCAGUACCGACUAAACAAACACAAUCUCAUGACAAAGAUCUGUCAUUUUCUCAUUGAUGACGGUGAGUAUACUCUUCAGAAUAAGGAAAAGGAAAAAAUGUUGAAAGUUGUUUGUCAUGGCAAAUUUUCUGAAAAAGAAGUAGAAGAAAUUGUCAAUAUGAAAACAGCCCUUGGGUUCCCACAGGUUUGCACUUUCUUUGCCAGUAGCAUGGAAGUGCAAAAGAAGGGGUUAAGCUUUUUCAAGAAACCCAAUGAGUGCGUCCUAAAGGAAGUUGAUGCCCUCAAGGAAAGUGAUGGUUUGAGUUAUCUGGUUCUUUUGCUGGUAUUGAUGAGUGAUGGGCAUCUUAAUGCAACUCCUCUUGAUCCAAGAAAAUGUACAUCUGAAUUUAAAGAAAUGGUUGAGAUGUUGACAGAAUAUUGUUCAAAUCUACGAACACGUCCAAGCUUAUUUGACAUCAAAACAAAAGCAGAUUCACUCUGUGGUGUUUAUUUAAAGCAAGGCCAGAAAGGAUAUGCUUUUCAGCAUCAGUCUAUAUAUGAGUCUGUUUUGAUCAGCUACUCAGAGCAGUUUCCCAGCUCUUGCAUCAGAACAUUGCCAAUUGAUGUCCUUGGAGAAGUGGUAAGAACCGAAAGACUGGAUGGAGAGAUAAAUAUUGUCUUGAUACCUGAGGAAAAUUAUGAUGUAUUUGCUGACCGCAUCACAGAGUUGCUUUUGUCAGCUGAACCUGAGAGCAGUGGAAUGAUAGUGGGACAUCCUUCACUCAAGCACAAGGAAUUUCUAUCAUUCUUGGUGCAAAGAUGGGCGAAAAAGGGGAAACUGACAAGCAUUAUGCAGAGAAAAUAUUUUGAUGAAUUGUCUUCAUAUAUCCGUGAAGAUGAGAAG